AUGGUUUGUGCGGCACAAAACGGAAUAACUGGUCACAAGCUGGUCGUGGUGUACCUCGGAGAAGAGGAGGAGGAGAAUCUCUUUAAAGAGCAGUUGUGUGACGUUCCCGUCCAUCUGGAAGAUCAUUCCUACUGGAGGAAGAGGAGACCCUCUGCUCGCCAGGCAAUCCGAGCAGGGAAGAGUGGAGACCACAGCAAGUGUCUGUGCUGCAACACUGACCAGGUUCUGAAUUUAACCUCCGGGCCUCAGCACUCUGCAUCCACUGCCAACCUCUCCCGCAAGAGGAAACGAAGCUCUGCUCCUCUUCCUUCCAAACCUUCUACUGAACAUCGUGUGACCGUCAAUUUGGUCCCAAGCCUUCAGUCCACGAUCCCACCUGCUGACCUGCCAGGGAUAUCAAAUGUGCCUCCCAGCCCCCAGCCCUCCAGUGCUGAUAAGCAGCUGAGCUCAGCUGGUGUAAACCGUGAUGCUCCACUGAAAAUACACAACUGCUCAGUGGAAGAAUACCAGCAACUAUACCAUGGAGUGGUAGAUGAUAUGCUGAGAUACAAGAGUGGCAGGGUUCGUCCGUACAGUUUAGAGCUGGGACGACGUAUCAAGCAGAAGCUGUGGGAGAGACUGGAUCGUCCCACGUUUACGUCAUCAGCCAAUGAAGACGGACUGGUGCACGUGGACGUAUCAUACGGGGUUGGAGUGUAUCCUCCCCUGUAUAAUGUUGAUACUUCUGGAGAACCAAGCCCUGAACAGCCACCAAACAAGAGAGCAAAAACCUCCAACUAAACCGAAAGCAGCAGUUCCACUGCCAACUUUAUUUUAUAUUAGUUAAACAAGAUCAAAUACGUUUGUCAACUGUCAGAAAACUGUUCAAGCCAGCCUCAACCUCAACCAGCAACUAAAUGAAAUCAUCUGCCAAACUCAAACAACCUCUGAAAUCCAACUGGAGUAAGAUGUUCCAUCCUUCACCUGCAGUCUCCACCACCCGUGUUUAGAAAUGAACUCUGCCUACUUAAUACAUCAACCGUCUGCUGACCGAGGCUCCACCUGCGGGCAGCAGACACCUGACUGCUCCGACUAGACCUGAUUCCAACUCCUGCAUGCGACCUCUCUCAGAAAUCUACACCACUGCCUCCACCUACAGCCUGUGCCAGUAACCUGCACCCACCACUUCCACCUGAAGAUUCGGGCAGAAAUCUGUCAACUUUUACCCACAACCAGAAAUAUCUGCUGCCACCUCCACCUGGACAUUCUGAUGGAUUGUUCAAGUCCUCCAAAGCCAAAGUCCGCUCCUUCACGGAUCCUCUUCCAGAAACCUGCACCUCCUCCUCCUCUGCCUACAGAUUCUGGAAGAAA